AUGGCCACCAACGUUUGUCGAUGGCGCACAUUGAAUUUGGACACCUGUGAUGAGGAGACCUUUGUACGACUGGCUCAGGAGCAAGGCACCCUUAUGUUUGACCCUCUAGGCCCUUUUCUCCUGACAGCCCUCCAUGUAGCGGCAAGGCGGGGAUUUCUGUCGGCCAUUCGAGCCCUCUUGAGCGUGGACUACACUCAACUACCUGCUUACGACGUUGGGUUCCUCGUCUUUGAGGACCGGGGCCGUAUUUGUCCCGACCUGUGGCAACUUCCGCGUAUUUUUACACCUUUUCACAGCGCGGUCGAGCACGGACAGGCACAGGCGGCCGAGUUGUUACGAGCAGCCGGUGCCAACAUUAACCAAGUGACCCCACAGCGACGAUCGGCUCUACACCUUGCCGUCAUUGGUCGGAACAUGCCGCUACUGAAUGCUCUUCUGCGCUACAUGGAUGCAGGGCUGAUCAACGCGGUGGACGCCGACAGUCUAGCGCCCUUGGACUAUGCAGAUAACAUCGAGCAGGUUUUUUUGCUCAUACAGCGAGGGGCCCGCCUCGAUACCAAUGGUCUCACACUCAAGCAUCUUCUUUUUGGUCAAGCCUCCAUGAGUGCGCUGGCUGCCAUCAUUCUUGCUGGAUGUAAUCUCGGGUUGAGAGCCACCGAAAAACAUGACCAAGAAGAGCAAACUAGCUCACUUCUUUCGUAUAUCAUUCGAAAGGAUCAUGUGAGCGCCUUGGCCCAGGAGCUGGCUCGGCAUAAAUUCGCCUGGGCCACGUCGAAUCGGCAUGCAUUCCUAAAGGCUUUAGUCGCCGAUGAGAAUUUUGGUGAGCGACACCUGUUGCAGUGUGCCCAAGUCGACAACCUGCUGCCACCUGUCUUUUCAGAUGGCAGCACACUGCUGCAUCACUUGGCGGGUAAUCCCAACAUGAAUCGCUCCUGCUGCGAGAUCUUGGAAGAGAUGGCAGGCUGUGCCGUCAAUGCCCGCAACGCAGAUGGCCACACCAUGUUAGACAUUUUGCAAGCCAAGGGGCGCACCCUUCUGGUCGAAGAACUUCAGACGUCUCGAAACGCCAUGACGGGGGCUGAAAUUGCUGCAGCCGAACAGAAGGAACGCCAAUAG